GUGAAUUACGUAAUCCUGCAGAGGGGGCGUGCCCGCUGCGAGAUCGACGGGAAUAAAAGCGCAGAAGACCGGGCGAAACAUGCGACGGUCUUGCCGGAAAGGGGCGUAACGUGACCUCUGACCGGUCAUUUGCCCGCGAGCUAUAACGAGCGGGCCGAAACUGCGGCCGGUUGGUCAGACGGCCGCCGGAGAUCCUGGUCGUGGUACGGCGCUGCUCGACCGUCCACCAAAAUUGAAGUAGCAUCAUGGCAAGAAUCAUCAGGCGGUGGUUGGUUGCGGUCGUGCUGUGCCUGCUCGCGGUCGCCGAGGGUGCCGUCUCCAAGGAGCGGCUGGCGGCGCGCAGCUGGAGCGCCCUGCUAGACGGGCCCGCGGCCGUGGACCUCACGGAGACCGGACAGGUGCUGCCCAGAUUCCGACCUCCAGGUUACGGCCAGGCUCGGCCGUGGUGCCCCGUCGGCUGGCGGUGGAACGGACGCCGCUGCGUAGACGUGGACGAGUGCCGUCAAGCGAACGAGUGCCGCAGCCCGCGGGUGUACUGUCUGAACACUCUGGGCAGCUACCGGUGUCUGUGCCGACCCGGACUGGUCGGCGACUACUACACCGUCGGCUGCAAGACAGAGGAGGAGUACUGCCAGACGCGGUUCAGAGACGCCCCUACACCGUGAAUGAAGAGCACCACCGGCAAAAAGUGCUCCCUGCGGCCUCUGGCCUCUGAUUGGUACAGGGCGGACGGCAAGGACCAAUCAGAGGACAGGACACAGCGCGGACCGGAGUCACGGUGACGUUACGAAUUGUUACGGUGGAAUGAUUUGGUGUAAAUAUACUUAGAUCGAUCAUUA